UAAGGGUCGACCCAGAUCAUACAUACAUCCAACUUCCGGAAUCCAACUCGCAUCGUUCUAACACGAUAGACGUCCCCCAAUCACCUUCGACUUUCAACAAUCCCUCACUUAUUUACCAGAUCUGUUCACUGCUCAAGUUCCAGUGACUCACAACACCGCCGCUGAGAGCCUCACCAACGCAAAAAUGACCACCUUCACUGAUCACGACACCGCCGCCGAGAACCUGACCAACGCAAAAAUGACCACCUUCACCGAUCACGACACCGCCGCCGAGAACCCAGCCAUGGCUGGAAACGCGCUCCGCCUUCACUACACUCUCGAAGAAGAUAUGGAGGACUCCACCGACGAUGAAAACGACGACAGCCUUGCUGAAAACGAGAACUACCUGGAGUUCACCGACAGGCCCGGUGCCUUCACUCUCGUGCACAACGAGGAGGAUGACAUGGGAGACAACGAUGAGGAGUUUUUGGAUGAAGAGUUCGAGGGCGAGGAACCCAAUGAGGAGGACAUCGGCCCAGUUGUGACUGUCGCCCAGGUUCCUACUGUCAUCGCGCAAGGUCCUGUGGCCGUCGCCCAUGUUCCCACUGGCAUCGCGCAGGGUCCCGCUGUCAUCGCGCAGGUUCCUGUAGCUGCACAGCCCGUCUCCAACGCACGUCGCACGACUCCUGCUCAAGUGCUCCUAAAGAGAAAGACACGCCAAGGUACCAAGAUCAAGAACCGCAUCCUUGAAAACUUCCAGACAAUGCGCGAUGACGGAACCUGGAAGGACUACCCCACCAAGCCCCCCAACAAUCUGUUCGCGGAGAACCAGGCUCUGAUGGAGGUGCUCAUAUCUCAAAAGAGAUUCUUCGACCUCGCUGUCUCUAGAGGCGGUCGUGCUCUCAGUGGCACUGUCGCUCGUGCCUGCGAGAACCUCGCUGAGGCUGGCGACUUUCCUAAGUGCAAGGUCCGUAUGGACAAGUACUAGGUUCCACAUCAUCAAGACUCAGCCUUGAAGGCUCGAUCUCAUCUCAAUGGGAACCCAGAAGGAUUGUAUUCGUACACAUUGCAUUUUGAUAUCAUCCGGACACAGAAGGAAGGGGGUUCUUACUUCAUUGUAUUGACCCAUACGAAAUGGGAUUUUUUUUUCUAUCUACUACGCAGGUAUCACGAUUCACA